CACGCUCGCUCGCUCGCUCGCUCGCUCACAGGCACGCGCACUCUACUGGACACUGGCUCGCGCUAUCUCCUGUCCUCUUCAAGCCAACGCGACUUUUGCACUUCGAAAAGCAGGUAGGAAUAUUGAAACAUCCCCCGGAGUUCGCCGCUGUUAUCGGAAUGAUAUCUUAUCAUUCGGGGCGUCAAAGGUAAGCGAAAAUAUAGAGUGUUCGCCGAAGUCAGUAGUGAGGUACGUUAUGUCGCUAAAGCUAUGGCUCCACCCCUCCCCCUGCGUGGAGCUAGCUGGAGGUUAGGCCGCAUGUCUGUUACUGGCUCUCAAAAAAACAAGAAAGGGGGGAUUUAUCUCCGGGUCAUGGCGAAACAAUUAGCGCGAGUUUACGUUGUGGUUUCACCCGUUUAUCCGUUUUCAGACAGCGCCACGGUAACUUACAGGGACUCCAAAAGUCUGCCCUAAUUUCACAACAAACAAGCGCAGCACUUCCUCCAACAAUCAGUAUAACCUUACUGUGCUGGAUUGGAAGCUGAGAUCUAAACAACAUGUUGAUCGAGCUCUGACUAAAGAAGCAGGAGUAAAAAGCAAAUAUGGUCCGUCAAAGAGGCAAAACAAGAUGCACAGCCCACUUUCUGAAGACCAAAUUUGACUGACUCGGACAAGUGACUCGUGUCUGAGUCUAAAUGUGUCAGACGAAGCUGCAGACAAUUACAGGAUAUAGACGCCUUCACAUCUUCUCAUUUUAGAACACCCAGCUGUCAAAAAAGGGGGGUCAGUUGAAACUGUCUUUGCCAACAGCACAUUUGGGAGUAUUUUUCCUCAGUUGUGCUGAGAACCAAGCAAUGGCCAUGGUGAGAGGGGGGUGGGGAGAUCCCAACGGGGAGACUAAUGGACUUGGUGACAAGGGGUAUCUGAGGGGAGAUGAGGACGACGGGUCACCCCAAGGAGGCGGCAGCGACAUGGAGGCCGGGGAGGAUGAUAAAGGUUGUGUGGUUGACUGUGUGGUCUGCGGUGACAAGUCCAGUGGGAAACACUAUGGUGUGUUUACUUGUGAGGGCUGCAAGAGCUUCUUCAAACGGAGUGUCCGACGAAACCUUAACUAUACCUGCAGAUCAAACAGAGACUGCCAGAUUGACCAACAUCACCGCAACCAGUGUCAAUACUGCCGUUUAAAGAAGUGUUUCAGAGUUGGAAUGCGCAAAGAAGCAGUUCAGCGUGGACGCAUCCCACCUUCGCAUUCAAGCCUCAGCCCAUCCACGACUCCAGUGGGCGGUAAUGCCGGCAGCGGCGUGAGCGAGAUCUACAACGGGCAGCCGGUGUCUGAGCUCAUCUCCCAGCUCCUGCGGGCAGAGCCUUACCCUAACAGCCGCUACAGCCAUCAGUACAACCAGCAGAUGCAGGGGGGCGGAGGAUCCAUGGGCAUCGACAGCAUCUGCGAGCUAGCCGCCAGACUCCUGUUUAGCAUCAUCGAAUGGGCCCGAAACAUUCCUUACUUCCCUGAGCUGCCUGUAUCUGAGCAGGUGGCCUUGCUGCGGCUCAGCUGGAGCGAACUGUUUAUUCUUAACGCAGCCCAAUCUGCCCUGCCCCUGCACAUGGCCCCGCUGCUCGCCGCCGCAGGCUUUCACUCCUCUCCCAUGUCUGCUGAGAGGGUGGUGUCCUUCAUGGACCAGGUGCGUGUCUUCCAGGACCAAGUAGAGAAGCUAACCCGCCUGCAAGUGGAUUCAGCAGAGUACAGCUGUCUGAAGGCCAUAGCACUCUUCUCACCAGAUGCAUGUGGGCUGACAGACCCGGCUCAUGUGGAAAGCCUGCAGGAAAAAGCUCAGGUGGCCCUGACCGAGUACGAGCGCAUGCAGUACCCCGGGCAGCCCCAGCGUUUUGGACGCCUCCUACUGCGACUGCCUGCUCUGAGGGCCGUGCCCGCCAACCUUAUCUCUCAGCUCUUCUUCAUGCGCCUCGUGGGCAAAACGCCCAUUGAGACUCUCAUCCGUGACAUGCAGCUGUCUGGCAGCUCCAUAAGUUGGCCGUAUGUUCCUGGACAAUAACCAUUGUCAAAUAUGACCACAAACCAGUUUGAACGCCUCUGAACUGCACAACUAGUGAGGAUCUCAGUCUAAUUUUUCCAAGCACACAUUCACAUCUGAUAUUCACUGUAUCACCUAAUGCAACGGGGUCAUACUACAGGAAUGGUGAAUUCAGUAGUACAUGGCAGAAAGCUUGAUCUAUGCUCUUUGAAUGCUCUUAUGUGGCCCAGAUGCAUUCUUAAAAAAAUAACUUGAGAAAUAUUGGUUAUCUGAUGUAAGGUAGAGUUUUAUAGCAAGUUAUUAAGUGGAGAUUGGUUAAAAUCCAAAACAAAAAGCUCUGUCAGUUGGGUGUGAGCAUGAAAGUCACUUUGGACUGUCCCUGGAGGCAGCAGGAGAUCAAGUCCUUGUGUACCAGAAGGCCUGGAGGAGGAGGAAGUACACAUGAUGACAUCCAAAAACCUAUACAAACCAAACUAAAAUGGUCAGAAUUGGGACUUAAACAUUUGUUUUGCCAAUGAUAACUACUUUGUUUGUAUUUUUAGCUCUUUUUUCCCCCCUAUCAAUGCUAAUGCAUUUCCAUGAGGAGAGAUUGAAAUUUGCAAAAGCUAAUGCAAGAGGUUGGAUCAUGUUUUGUGAAAUAACCAUUUGACAAAUUAAUUGCGAACUGUAUUUGUACUUUGAGUUAAGGUACAGGCUUAUCUCUUUGAGAAUUAUUCAUUUUACUUUACUGCACGCUGCUGCAUUUGAGAUGACGAAGUAGUCUUUUUUUUUAGAUUGAAAAACCGAAUCUUCUACUGGUUUUAUUCUGCUUUUCAUGCUUUUUUUUCAUACUUACCAGUUAAUGCUAAACUGGGAAUUUUUUUUUAACCUGGUGUGAUUAUGUAUGUCGACUAAAAGAAAUACCUCUACGGUCUGUUGAGACUCAAACCGACUUCAGUCUUUCAUGGCUGGGUCAGUUUUUUAAUUUAUCAACACACUUGAGCUGCUCACUUUACACUAAAGAGGAGUGAUUGGAUCUAUCUGUCUAUGUUUGCGGUACAAGGCCAUUCGUGGUAAGAAACUGCCUGACUGUUUUGUCUUUUGUGGAGCAGUGCUCUGGUGGGCGUUUUACAGGUGACAGCAUGUUGUAUUUGGCUCUUGUUGUGAGAUGUAAGUUUUCUAGCCUUAUCAUACAUGUGAAUGACUAAUAUUACCUCAUAUUUAGGCCUUGAAAUGUAUCAGGUGGUCUAAUAUAUCCAAAACGGCAACGUGUACAGUUUUCAUUUUAAUAUCUUUGUCCUUUUAAAUACUUGUGUAUGACAGCGUGAUUAAACCGAAGUAUCAUGCAUUGAA